GCUGCUCAGGCGGAGGAGAGGACCAGCUCCGAGCGUGCAGCCUGGGAGGGCUCCGACGUAACCCCGGCGAACAUCGAGUGGCUCCGCCGCUCCCGGCGAGUCCCGGAGGAGGUCGAGUGCCGGGUUCCCGGCGGAGAAAUCGUGCCGACCCCCGAAGCCAGUGAGUGCGUCGUCUUCCUCUCGCACUUCGAGUGUGGUUUUGCUCUCCCCGCUAGCGAUUUCUUUAGAACUUUUCUAGAUUUCAUUGGCCUCCAGCCGCACCAUCUUCCGGUGAAUGCCAUUCUCACCCUCUCGGCAUUCGUCACCUGCUGUGAGGGUUAUCUCGGCCUCUGGCCAUCCAUCAACCUAUGGUCCCGAUACUUCAUGUUCCGGCCACAAGUUCUCCCGGACAAAUAUAAUCCUGGCGCCGCAAAGCCGAUGACCCAAUGCGGCGCCGCCACCAUCGUCCCUCGCCGUAACUCGGCAUUCCCAAGGAUCCAGGGUCUUGAGUCAUGUAAAAAAUGCCUCAAGACCUUUUUUUAUGUCAAAAACAUCUCUUCGGACGAUAAGAUCAACCUGCCGGGGUUCGAAGUCGCCCCCGGAAGAGAAGAGGAACUGGUCCUUCGAUCCUAAGGAGACCAAUCCGGAGGUCAACGAGAUCCAUACCGCCAUCCUCGAGCUCAAGGAGGAGGGGAUGACGGCCGACGAUCUCCUGGCGACGUUUAUGUACCGGCGGCUGUGCCCGCUCCAGCGCCGGUUACACAAAAUGUGCUUCUACAGCGGUUAGCUUGACCUGGACCGAGUGUCUACAGUCCAGCUUAACCAGGUUGAAGUCCGGCGCUGGGUCAAAGCGAUUGCAAAGACCAGCCUGCCGGAGCAGUGGAGCUGGGGUAUGCCGACGUACAACCGGAAGCAUCGAGCGCCCCCGAGGUUCGCCCAUCAAGGGAAUGAAGACGGGAGAUCCCCGGACAAACGCUUUGUGGCCCCGCGCCUGACCAUCGACCAUGAAGAUCCGGAUUCGGAGGACUUCAUGCCGAUCGCUCAUGCCGGCCCCCGCCGUACGGAACCCGACUCGGGCGCCGACUCGGGAGAAACACGCUGUCUCAAAGAAGCGCGCCGCCGAGAAGGACCUUUCGCAGAAUAUGAAGCGAAAGAAGGCUGCGACUCGGCCCCAAGCCCAAACCCUUGGUUGUCGGGGAGGCUUUGGCGGCCACACAAUCUCAGACGUGUACCGCGUCUGAGAUUCCGGUGGCUCGUUCUUCCCGCGCCGAGGCCUCAAACCCGGCCGCGGGCGGGACUGAGACCACCGUGGAUCCGACAUCCCCCUCUCGGGAUGUCGGUCCAAGCGCCGACGCCACGGUCGUCGGUCAGUCCGAGACUCCUGCGGCCGGGGUCUCGGCAACCGAGGCUGCAGUCGAGGCAGCCCCCUCCUCGGCCGCAGUCGAAACAACAGCGGAGCCGCCGGCCUUCGAGACGCCGCAAGAGCCGGCGACGGGUCCUCAGGAAUCCCAAGAGCCGCAGCCAACUCCAACGCCACCUCCAUCUCUGUCGCGGCCAAAAGAGGAUGCCCAAGUUGCUGCUACCCGGGCCGCGAAGGCUAAAGGCCCUGCUGCCGCAGCAGGGUCAACGGCUCCGGGAUCCCCUGGCCCGCAUCAUUCCGGCCAGCAGCAGGAGGUUCCACUCCGGAUGUCCAGCGGACAGAGCUGGGGGUCAUUGGGCCAGUCCGUCAUGGACUGGAACAGCGCCGACCACUACGAGGUGAAUUCCAGCAUCUUGCAGUUGGCGCGGCCGAGCCCUUUGGUGGGGGCUCCCCCGGCAGCGACUCCGGAGUCGGUGUCGGCACGAAUGUACCAGGCCCGGGUGGCCUUGUUCGAGACGAGCCGAGCUACCGAGCUUUGCAUGAACAAGCACACUGCAGUCUUUAAGGGGCUGUUGGGCAAGUAUAAGAAGCUGGCGGCAUCGCACGAGGCCCUGAAGGCUGAGCGCGAGAGCCAGAUGGCAGAGCUGCUAAAGCGUGUCGCCGAGGUUCAAGAUGAGAAGACUCGGCUGGUCGAUCAGCACCGGGAAGAAAUUACCCGGCUGCAACCGCAGAUCGCGGUGCAGGCUAAGGCGCACCAGACCGAGGCGAACCAACUCACCUCGGCCCUCUCUUCGCAGGCCGAUGAGAAAAUCCGCCUGGAAGACGAGGUGAAGAAGGGCAAGGCGCUCGCUGCCCAGCUCGAGACUCGCGCCACCUCCGCCAAGUUGGAGGAUGCCGAGAAGGCCGCCCUGCUCAAGGUCGUCUGGCGUGACAUCGUCAAGAUCGAUAGCAUGCUGACGAAGUUCUUCCCCACAUCUGUUGAGCAUGCUCAAGAGACCGUGAAGAUCGCUUGCCGGAAGAGGGAUCCGGCAGUAGCGGCGGGGGAGCCCUUCGAAUGGGACUUGGUGGACCACCUGGUGAGCAUCGCGAUCCGGGUGAAGCCACUCAAGUCGUUGGGCGUCGACAUGCUGAACGCCGGUAUCCGAGCCUUGCGCGCGCUGUGGCCGGGAGAAGAAGCUCCUACGGAUAGUCCGGACCUGGCGAAGCGCCUGAUGGAGACGGAGUCCCGGCUGAACGACUGGAGGGAGUCGGCUGCGCGCAUCGGCACCGAUGAGGCGUUGUCGUUUGUAUUGUCAUGGUACGAUGUCAUUAACCUCGACGUGUUGCAGUUGAUGCGGGCCAGCUCCCCAUAUCUGACGGAUCCGGAGUUGGUGGCCAAGCGCAAGGAGCGGGCCUACUCCUUCAUUCAGUAUGCCGACGUGCAUACGUUUGUAGAAGGCCCAACAUCUGAAGCCGAAGCCGAGAUGACGGACGACGACGAAGAAGCAGCGGACAAAGAAGCCGUUGUGGAGUUGGCUUCCACUACGGCGGAUGCGCUGAGUUCCGUCGCCAACCCCUCUGUCUCUUCCUAGCUUAGGAAUAACUUUUAGAAAAAUUAGAUCCCCGGAAUGCUGGGUGCAAAUGUAAUCGACAUACUCUUGUUUGCCAAGUAUUAUGCUCCUCAUUUAAUUAAGUCUUUUGUUUAUCAAA